GGAUCUCGAGCUGAUGAUUAAAUUAACCGUAACUGUCAACUUGUCACACUGCACUGGAAGGGCAGUUUCAUCUUUUGAGAAACGUGUAUUGUAGUUAAAUGCAGGGAAUUUUCUGUUGAGAACUAGUGAAUGAACACGAACUCCGGUUGGCACAGAUUCACAGGAUUAUCAGAUUAGUUUUUGUAUUAUAUAUAUGCUGUUGUUUUCUUUUCCCCAAUUUUCUAUUCAGUGCUUGAUGGAUGACAGAAAGAAUCUUGCCUUUGAAGUUAUAAGGUAGCGUAAUAUGUAAAGGAGGCAUUGAUUAUUAUUAAAGAAUUUGUACAGUAUCUCACUCUGCAGUGAACUUGACAAAAGUAAGUUUUGGGAUUGAGAAAAUGCUGCCUGCGAGAAAGCAAGCGCCACCCUCCUUCCAAAGCCUUCUCCCGAGCUUUCAGAAGCCGUGCCGUCUUGGGUUUUUGCUCUCCGUCAGAUCUGAUUCAUCUCCUCAAAAAUGCAAAAGUUAUAGUAAAUGAAAGAGUACAAAAGGAUAGCGACGAAGAGAACCCAAAAUUUGGUUCACAUGACUAGGGAAAGAGGGAGAAGUUACGCUUAUUCUAAUGGCCGAGGCGUUUUAGAAGUUCAAGAAUUCAACUUUUCAGCAACCGAGAACGUUUUUGAAGCCUUGAAAUAUGGAUACGGAGAUUGCACUCGUGUGCAUUUGACUUUUGACUUGGAAGGAAUAAAAACUGCACGAAUGUGUGUGGACAGACUUGUCCUCUAGGAGCUCUGUUGAUGGCAGUGAUCAGUCCCAAAGUCAGCUCAGUGGCCUCUAGUCCUUUCACUUCACCGAACAUUGGGGUCUUGCUCAAGAUCAAGAUCAUUUCAUGGAGCCAGGAAACUGGUUUGCCUGUUUCUAUUCGGAUUCGGGUUGGCGAUAGAACCUUCAACCUGCAUAAGCAUCCUCUCCUGUCAAAAAGUGGAUACUUCCAGAAAAGGUUGAACGAAUCGACCGAGUACGAGCUCCCUCCAGACUUCCCCGGUGGACCAGAGACCUUUGAGUUACUUGCACUGUUCAUCUAUGGUUCCUCUACUCUCGUUGAUCCUUUUAAUGUCGCAGCCCUACGAUGUGCUGCAGAGUUUCUUCAAAUGACAGAUGAUUACUGUUCUGGUAACCUAUGCGAGCGAUUUGAUAUCUAUUUGAAUCAAGUGGUCUUCCAAAGCUGGGAUGAUACACUGAUCGUUCUCCAAAAGUGCCAACAAUUGCUUCCCUGGUCUGAAGAGUUAUUAAUCGUAAGUCGCUGCAUCGAAUCUCUUGCCUUCAUGGCUUGCAUGGAGAUCCUUGACCCUGAGAGAAGACGAGACCGACCAGUCGUAACAAUGGACGCAUUGGCGAGUCAGGUUUGGAGCUGUGAAAUAGUGAAGGAAAUCUUGUGCCAGGAUCUUUGGAUCAAGGACCUCAUUGCUCUACCAUUUGAAUUCUUCAAAAGAAUUGUGGGAUCCCUGAGAAGACAAGGCAUGAAAGAAAAAUAUGUGAGCCCGAUCAUCGUUUUCUAUGCUAACAAAUGGAUUCUUUCCGAGAAGACGCGCCAGUUCUGGGAGAGUACUGAUGAGAAGAUUCUGGAUGAUGAAACAAAUGAAAAGGUUUCAUUUAUCUUACAAGGUCUUCUUGAUCUUCUGCCUAUGGGACAGAGGACCAGUAGAGUGGUUCCAGUGGGCUUUUACUUUGCCUUGCUUUCAAAAUCUCUUGAAGUUGGUCUCAAGAGUAACAGCUUGCAAAAGUUGCAAGAUCAGAUAGCAACUGUGUUACAAUUUGCCCAAGUGGAAGACUUUCUCCUACCGAAAACUGGAGCAGACUCGGUUUCAUCCGGCAUCGAGUUAGCUAUGAUGGAGAAGAUAUUAGAGUCAUUUGUAUCUUCCAACAUGAAGAUGAAUCAUAGUCACUCAGGAAGCAACUCAGUUGUAGCAGAGUUGUGGGAUGAAUAUCUAACCUACAUAGCUCAUGAUCCGAAAAUGGGACAAAAAAGAUUCGUUGAACUCAUCGAAAAAGUGCCUGCAUCGUGGCGCGAGAAUCACGAUCACCUUUACCGGGCAGUAAAUACAUUCCUGCAGGCACAGUCACAUCUGUCCCAAGAAGAGAAAUGGGCAGUCUGCAAGUACCUAAACUGCCAGAAGCUAUCACAAGAUGCAUGCAUUGAGGCUGUCCAAAAUGAGUUGAUGCCGCUUCGUUUGAUCGUCCAGGCACUUUUCGUGCAGCAAUUGAAUACUCAACAGGUGUUUAAAGAGUGUUCAGGCUCAUUUCGAUUUGCACGUUAUGGAGAAUUCUCUGGGAGCCUUUCAAGCUCUAGAUUUCCGAACUCAAAUAGCCAGACCCUACGAGAGAGUCCUUAUACAGAUGGAGCUGAUCCGAGCAGAAGAACGUUAAGCUUCUUGCUACAAAAGGACCAUGCAAUGCAGACACAUGAAUCAUCGAGAAAGGAAUACGAGUCGACAAGUUUCCGAAUCCAGAAUCUAGAACAGGAGCUGAUUUCCUUGAAGAAGAGCAUUCAAUGGCAGACAAUAUCAAAGAAAACAGAGACAAUGUCAAGAAGCAAAGCAGAGGGAAGAACAAAACUAUCUGAUGUGGAAGGUAGAUACUCGAGCAAGAACAGGAACUCACACGAACAAGUGACGGGGUGCAUCGGUUCGGUGAACUUCUCCACUCAAAGAAACUAUGCAAGUCGUCUAUUUAAGAUCUUCAGCGGAAUACGUCUGUUUGGAGGAAGGAAACAGAAAAGGAAGUCGGGAUUUCCCACCCUUUGGCGCAAGUCGAUAUAUCAGAUCAACCAUCGGUUGGACCUGUAAAUGAAAACUCAUAACUGGUUUUUCAGCUGCUGUAAACUCAAGUGUGUUAAGAAGUAAAGAAAAUAGCUAUUUACUAAAA